GCCGCGGCGGGGAAAAUGGCGGACGGAAAGGCGGGAGAGGAGAAACCUGAAAAUCCGCAGCGAGCUGGAGCCGCUGAAGCUGGAGGACCUGAAGAAGAAGCAGAAAAACCUGUGAAAACUAAGACUGUUUCUUCCAGUAAUGGAGGGGAAAAUUCCAGUCGCAGCCCUGAGAAGCGAUCAGCUGAAGAAGAAGCUGCAGACCUCUCAACAAAGCCUACAAAGAUCUCCAAGUUUGGAUUUGCCAUAGGUAGUCAGAUGACAAAGAAAGCCUCAGCCAUAUCCAUCAAACUUGGCUCAAAUAAACCUAAGGAAACCGUUCCAACUCUUGCUCCAAAAACCCUUUCAGUAGCAGCAGCUUUUAAUGAAGAUGAAGAUAGUGAACCAGAGGAAAUGCCUCCAGAAGCAAAGAUGAGGAUGAAGAAUAUUGGAAGGGAUACACCAACAUCAGCAGGACCAAAUUCCUUCAAUAAAGGAAAGCAUGGGUUUUCUGAUAACCAGAAGCUAUGGGAGCGAAAUAUAAAAUCUCAUUUUGGAAAUGUCCAUGACCAAGACAAUUAAAUGAUGUGUUUUGAAAUUGGGGUAUGGGGUGGGAGUAAAGUUAAAAGGAACAGUUUCCUUUUUUAAAGAAUGGUAUAAGACUAUCUUUGGAGCCGCCUUUUUUUUUUUUCUUUUUCUUUUUUUAAAGAUUGAGUGGUACACUAAUAAAUGAGAAUUUGAAAUUAGAGGUAAUUUAUGUUUUAUAUACAGAUUUCAAGACAUUUGCUAAUUUUGUAGUUUCAUGUGAUUAGUUUCCAAAGGUUAUAGAUGAUUUAAAAAAUCAGAAAUGGUACCUUUCUAAGAAUUGCGUAUUUUUUUAGACACAACUACUAGCACAUUAAGAGGGAAGCAAAAAGUUGUCUAUUUAAACUGUAGGCAGUUACUCUCUAACUUAACUCCCUUGUUAACCUAAAGUCUGGCUCCCAGGAACAGCCUUAUAGAGAAGGGAGUAUUGUAUUGGGAGGAAAAUGUUGCUGGACUAUUGACUGAGAAAGUAAAUUAGAUAAAAAUUAAAAUACAGCUUUUUUUUUCC